UAUUUUUGGACCAGUCAUUCACGGAAAAAAAGCCUUGACCAAAAGUAACGGGACGACGUGUUAGAGCCACGGACACAAGGUGAAGAUAACAGACAUGUCGUUUAUAUUUAACUGGAUCUACAGAGGCCUCAGUGGUGUGCUGCAGUUACUAGGUUUGUAUAAGAAGUCUGGGAAACUGGUGUUCCUUGGUUUGGACAAUGCUGGGAAAACAACACUACUGCACAUGCUCAGAGAUGACCGACUGGGACAGCAUGUGCCAACCCUACAUCCCACAUCAGAAGAGUUAACCAUUGCUGGGAUGACAUUCACAACAUUUGAUCUUGGUGGUCACACACAAGCCAGAAGAAUCUGGAAGAACUACCUCCCAGCUAUAAAUGGUAUAGUCUACCUGGUGGAUUGUGCAGACCAUGAGAGACUACAAGAAGCCAAAAUUGAACUGGAUGCGCUGUUAACAGAUGAGACCAUCUACAAUGUGCCUGUACUUAUCCUCGGGAAUAAGAUCGACCGCCAAGAGGCAAUCAGUGAAGACGCACUCCGAGGGAUGUUCGGACUCAUUGGACACACUACCGGAAAGGGUAAUGUGUCACUGAAGGAGCUGAACCUGAGGCCCAUGGAGAUCUUCAUGUGUAGUGUUCUGAAGAGGCAGGGAUACGGAGAUGGUUUCCGCUGGCUCUCACAGUACAUUGACUGAUCGAUCCAUCACUAUUUCUCUUACUAGAUUCACACUAUACAGCCAACUCUAAACUUACUGGGUGGGCUAGAUUAUUUCAAAUAAAAUGGUCAUUUCCAGCAUGGUUCAAGCAACUAUGAUGGAUGUGUAACAAGUUCAGGUCAGCCAAGUACACAAGAGGACAGACAUGCCUCACGAAUCUACCCGCUGGAAAAGCUAUUAACUGCUAGCGUGCUAUAUUUAUUGUAAUUUUUACAUUUGAGAAAGUGUGGCCUCAAUAAGUAAAUAUAUUUCUAAGACAAAUAUAUUUUUAUUGAUACAGUAUUUAUACUCUUGUGUUUUGAACAUAUUUCUUUGGGUUCAAACAGUGUUGAAAUAUGUAAAUGUUUGAUAGUAAAAUCUAAUAAUAAUUGGUACACCCUUUUAUAGUCUGAGCCCUAUGUAGUGAAUUCAAACUUCAAAACCAAUAUUGUGUAGUUUACACGUUGCGUCAUUUUCAAUAAUGAUCUGUUACUUUCUGAAAGUACUGUGGUGGUGGGCAUUUUGAAUCAUACCUCAAACAGUUUUAUUAUUACAGUAUUAUUUCUCCUCCCACAUAUGAUGACGUUACUGGGUAGGACAUGUCAUCGCUUUGAACCAGUUCGUAACCAUGGUUUAUUUUUAAGUUGCUGGCAUUGGAUUUCAGAGGGGUUAUUGGUGUAACAGUUCCGCGUUUGUGUCUUUUCGACAUUGCUGCUCUCUCCUUCCACGAACAUUUGAUAUCGGAAGUUUACAUACACUUAAGGUUGGAGUCAUCAAAACUCGUUCUUCAACCACUCCACAAAUUUCUUGUUAACAAACUAUAGUUUUGGCAAGUCAGUUAGGACAUUUACUUUGUGCAUGACAAGUAAUUUUUCCAACAAUUGUUUACAGACAGAUUAUUUCACUUAUAAUUCACUGUAUCACAAUUCCAGUGGGUCAAGAUUUUACAUGCACUAAGUGUACUGUUCCCUUAAACAGCUUGGAAAAUUCAAAAAAAUGAUGUCAUGGCUUUACAAGCUUCUGAUAGGCUACUUGACAUCAUUUGAGUCAAUUGGAGGUGAACUUGUGGAGGUAUUUCAAGGCCUACCUUCAAACUCAGUGCCUCUUUGCUUGACAUCAUUGGAAAAUCAAAAUAAAUCAGCCAAGACCUCAGAAAAAAAAUUGUAGACCUCCACAAGUCUUGUUCAUCCUUGGGAGGAAUUUCCAAACGCCCGAAGGUACCACGUUCAUCUGUACAAACAAUAGUACUCAAGUUUAAACACCAUGGGACCAUGCAGCCGUCAUACCGUUGAGGAAGGAGACGCAUUCUGUCUCCUAGAGAUAAAUGUACUUUGGUGUCGAAAAGUGCAAAUCAAUCCCAGAACAACAGCAAAGGACCUUGUGAAGAUGCUUGUGGAAACCGGUACAAAAGUAUCUAUAUCCACUGUAAAACGACACCUAUAUCAACUUCCGCUCAGCAAGGAAGAAGCCACUGCUCCAAAACGGCCAUAAAAAAGCCUGGCUACGGUUUGCAACUACACAUGGGGACAAAGAUCGUACUUUUUGGAGAAAUGUCCCCUUGUCUGAUGAAACAAAAAUAGAACUGUUUGGCCAUAAUAACCAUUGUUAUGUUUGGAGGAAAAAGGGGGAGGCUUGCAAGCCGAAGAACACCAUCCCAACCAUGAAGCACGGGGUUAAAGCUUGGUCACAAAUGGGUCUUCCAGGAAGUUAAUAAAGCUUGGUCACAAAUGGGUCUUCCAAAUGGACAAUGACCCCAAGCAUACUUCCAAAGUUAUGGCUUAAGGACAACAAAGACAAGGUGUUGGAGUGGUCAUCACAAAGCCCUGACCUCAACCUAUAGAACAUUUGUGUGCAUAACUGAAAAGCGUGUGCAAGCACGGAGGCCUACAAACCUGACUCGGAUUCACCAGCUCUGUCAGGAGGAAUGGGCCAAAAUUCACCCAACUUAUUGUGGAAAGCUUGUGGAGGGCUACCUGAAACGUUUGACCAAAGUUAAACAAUUUAAAGGCAAUGCUACCAAAUACUAAUUGAGUGUAUGUAAACUUCUGACCCAUUGGGAAUGUGAUGAAAGAAAUAAAAGCUGAAGUAAAUCGUUCUCUCUCCUAUUAUUCUGACAUUUCACAUUCUUAAAAUAAAGUGGUGAUGUUAACUGACCUAAACCAGGGAAAUUUUACUUGGAUUAAAUGUCAGGAAUUGUGAAAAACUGAGUUUAAAUGUAUUUGGCUUAGAUGUAUGUAAACUUUCGACUUCAACUGUACUACAUAGCAGGCCUGGGUUCACAUACUUUUAGAAAUUUUUCAAAUACUUUGAUCUUUUUCUUUAGCCUGCCUGGAUUGCCAGGUUUGUACUUCUGGGAAUUUUCUGUUGGUUCUAUUGGAACAUACAAGCUCAAUCAAGCACAGCGGAAGUUUUUUAAAUGAUUUCAAAUUGUAAUUGAACUAGGUCUGCUAUACCAACCAGGCCAAAUUCUUUUUUCUCUCACUGCCAAAGCGUAUAGGCCUACACCCUUACAUUUAUUCUAAGCAGUUAUCUUUUCAAAUGCAUAUCAUAAAAGGAAAGCAAUGGUGCCCUAAAUGUAUUUUACUGUACAAAACAUGGAAUCUAUGCAGAUGAUAAUUGAUGUUUUAUUACAUGGCUAUUCCAGUAGAAUUCCGCUUCCUUCAAGAAUAUAUUGAUAUCCUAUUAUUGUGUUCUAUAUGUACUCCUUAAUAUAGCAGCACCCCUCAGUACAUGCUUUUUCAGGUUAUUUGACCAUUUAGAAAUAGUUACAUACCAGACAGGUUUUACCAACGAGGACAAAGUUGUUGUUUUCUCAUAAAUGACUGUUUUUGUAUUGAUAAUUCCAGUUGUUUCACUACCAACCAAUGACAUGAAUGUGACUACAAGUGCACACUUUUUAUUUAUAAAAUUGUUUAAUACAAAAGUGCAGUACUUUGUAAUACCAGGGUUUUAUCACAACUUUGUAGGUUACAGAUAAUGUAUGCAAUUUCCUAUAGUCUACCAACCGUAUAAAUGGUUUUUGUUACUGUAAAAUAAGUACUUGGUGACUAUUGGCUGCUCAUAGCUAUAAUAAACUCAGCAAAAAAAGAAAUGUCCCUUUUUCAGGGCCAUCUUUCAAAAAUGAUUUGUAAAAAUCCAAAUAACUUCACAGAUCUUCAUUGUAAAGGGUUUAAACACUGUUUCCCAUGCUUGUUCAAUGAACCAUUAAUGAACAUGCACCUGUGGAACGGUCAUUAAGACACUAACAGCUUACAGAUGGUAGGCAAUUAAGGUCAGUUAUGAAAACUUAGGACACUAAGGAGGCCUUUCGACUGACUCUGAAAAACACCUCAAGAAAGAUGCCCAGGGUCCCUGCUCAUCUGCGUGAACUUGCCUUAGGCAUGCUGCAAGGAGGGAUGAGGACUGCAGAUGUGGUCAGGGCAAUAUAUUGCAAUGUCCAUACUGUGAGAUGCCUAAGACAGCGGUACAGGGAGACAGGAUGGACAGUUGAUUGUCCUCGCAGUGGCAGACCAUGUGUAACAACACCUGCACAGGAUCGGUACAUCCGAACAUCACACCUGCGGGACAGGUACAGGAUGGCAACAACAACUGCCCGAGUUACACCAGGAAUGCACAAUCAGUGCUCAGACUGUCCGCAAUAGGCUGAGAGAGGCUGGACUGAGGGCUUAUCCUGACAUGGCCCUCCAGCAUGACAAUGCCACCAGCUAUACUGCUCGUUCAGUGUGUGAUUUCCUGCAAGACCGGAAUGUCAGUGAUCUGCCAUGGCCAGCGAAGAGCCCGGAUCUCAAUCCCAUUGAGCACGUCUGGGUCCUGUUGGACCGGAGGUUGAGGGCUAGGGCCAUUCCCCCCAGAAAUGUCUGGGAAAUUGCAGGUGCCUUGGUGGAAGAGUGGGGUAACAUUUCACAGCAAGAACUGGCAAAUAUGGUGCAGUCUAUGAGGAGAUGCACUGCAGUACUUAAUGCAGCUGGUGGCCACACCACAUACUGACUGUUACCUUUGAUUUUAACCCCCCCUUUGUUCAGGGACACAUUGUUCCAUUUAUGUUAGUCACAUGUCUGUGGAACUUGUUCAGUUCAUGUCUCAGUUGUUGAAUCUCGUUAUGUUAAAAUAUUUACACAUGUUAAGUUUGCUGAAAAUAAACGCAGUUGACAGUGAGUGGAUGUUUCUUUUUUUUGCUGAGUUUAUGAGAGUACUUGUGUGGUACUAAAGAUAAUAGGCUUUGUAGGACAGACUCACAAUAUCUGAGAGUGCAGUAGAUAGAGGGUGCCUUUUAUCCUUUUUGUAAAUAAUGUGAAAUUAUUCUGCAUGACCUCUUACAGUCGUUUAUUGAUUUAGAUUUUUUUCCCCUUCGGUUUAGAUCAGUAUCAAAAUAAAUAUUUUGGACAAUC